AUGCCAACAGCAUAAGAAAGGGAGGGAGAAGAGAAACACUACACACUCUGAACAGUGACAGAAAGCUCAGCUGACUUUAUGUAGCUGCUUUGAAAGUCAGUGAAAUUUCUAUUUCACUCUAAAACGUUGAAAAGUUAGAAGGUGGAUAUAUAAUAUCCUGAGAAGACCAAGAGGUGAAGGCUACUCAUGGCUGUGGCUAACCAUUGUCCUUUAAGGGGCUUGGCAGCAUCCUGGGAAACGGAGAGAGGGGACAAUGAGAGAGAGCAAAGAGAAGGAAGAAAUGGAAGUAGCUGGAUGGACCUGAACAACACAGGAGAGCAGGUGAGCGCAGAGGAAGAGGAUGAGGAGGUAGAGGAGUAUUCAAGAGGCAAGGAAAAUGGAAAAAGUGAUCAUAAUGUGGCACUUGAUGAUGAGGGUGGUAAUGAUGACAGUGUUGCUACGUCUUCUGUCUUGAGUGAUGCUGAUAACAGCAGCUACACUUGGUCUGAUGAUAAUGAUGAUGGUGAUGGUGGAGGUGGUGACCACAAUGGCAACAAUUUUGUUCUGUUGUCAACCACAGAAGAGGCUGAUGACACCGAAGCUGGAAGUGAUGAGAUCCUCAGGUUGGGUACGUUCAAUUCUUCUACAGACGAAAAUGACCAGAGAACAGAAACCACUUCCGAACAAGGGCAGGAAAUGGACAUUUCAGAGAAGAGCUCAGAGGAUGAGGAAUUUGAUGAUGAUGAUGAUGAUGAUGAUGAUGAUGAUAAUGACGACGAUGAUGACACAAAUGAUGAAUAUGAGGAAUAUGAAGAAUAUCCAGAGAAGCUAUACUGCCAGCCUGCUUACUCAAAGAAGGUCUUCCAAGCUCUGGAAGAAAUGAAACAGUCCUCUUUCCUCACUGAUCUCCUCCUAAUCACCGACAGUGGACAUAGCUUCCAGGCUCACUCUAUGGUCCUGGCCACAGUGAGCACCGUCAUCCAGAAGAUGCUCCAAGAAAGGAAUGAGGAGAUGGUGUUUCUACGUUUGGCUCCAGAGGUAUCUGGGCUCGGACUGUCUGCGGUGCUGGAGUUUGCCUACACUGGAACCAUUGCAGGCCUAAACAGAGAAUCUUUGGCUCAGAUUCAGACAGCCGCUCUCUGUCUUGGAGUCUCCAGAGUUCUGGAGCUCUGCAAUAAAAAGGAGGAGAGGGGGAGAAAGAAAGAUGAUGGCAAAGAGAUGGUGGAAAAUGUAUCUGCUGAAGAACAGCUGAAGCUCAGCUUGGAGUCCAUUAGGCAGCUGUGGGAAGAAAGAGUGGGAUGUGAUGUGGAGCUGGAGGCAGAAGGAAGAAUAUUUCGUGCACACAAGGUUCUCCUGAUUGCAAGCAGUGACUACUUUCAUGCCAUGUUCAGCAGUGGUAUGAAGGAAAGCCAGCAAGCCUCAGUCACCCUGCUACUGGUAGGAGCACCAGAGCUGGGAAUCCUGCUCGAGUGCUCAUACAGUGGAGCUCUGGCUCUGGACUGGGGUGUCGUGUUUGAGUUGACAUGCACUGCCCUUCAGUUCCAGUUCCAACCGGCUCUCUCGCUCUGCCUCAGUUUUAUGCAGCAGGAAAUGGAUGCCCACAGUUGUCUGGACGUAGCAGCUUUUGCUGAGGCCUACGGGAUGAGUGAGUUGCAAGACAUGGCGGAUGACUUUGUCCUUAGACAUUUUGAGGAGGUAGCGGCCACGCUGAAGUUCCAGGACCUACCAGCAGAGAAGCUGAAGACAUACCUGCACAGCAAUUGUCUUUGUGUUGCAUCAGAGCUGCCUGUGCUCAAGGCGGUCAUAUCUUGGAUUGGGGCCAAUCCCAGGAGAAGAGUGAAAGAAGCCAGAGAGCUGUUGGCAACUAUCCACUUUCCCCUUAUGACCUUCAAGGAAUUCAAAGAAGUGAAGGCCGUAACUACAUGGCCGAAAGUCAGCACAGAGGACCUCUAUGACUCCCUACUAGAGGAGUUCUGUUCCAGUAACUUUAAUGUCCAUACAGACUUCAGGACCUACCUUCCAAAAGAAGCCCUGGUCCUUGCUGGUGGUGAAAGGAUCACGGAGGACUUUGAUAAACGCACACCCUGUACGGAAAUCUGGUUCAGCAACUCCUUCCGUAACCACGUUGGACUAAUGAAGAGGGUCGAGUGGAGGCUGCUGGGAGACUUGCCUGAGAAACCAAGAUUCAGUCACAGUGUUGGAGUGAUAAGAGGGAAUCUUUACGUAGUUGGCGGUCGCCACUAUUAUGGAAAGACUGACACCAUGAAAUGCACCUAUAGGUAUAAUCCCAUGCAGAACAGCUGGCAAAAGUUGGCUGACAUGCAAGAGCGAAGAGGCAGCUUUGCUCUUGUGGUUUUGGAUGAAAGAAUAUACGCCAUAGGUGGAGACAAAGAUUCAGAGGCCAAUGUAGAGAGUGUAGAAGUCUACUGCCCAAGUACAGACUCUUGGAGUUACGUUCACCCACUGGACCAACCCCUAAGUGGCCAUGCUGCCAGUGUAUGGAAUGGAAAGAUCUUCAUCUCAGGAGGCUUUGACUGUAGAUAUCAGUGCCUGGUAUCCAUGCUGCUCUACCACCCAGACAAAGGCACCACAUACCUGGCGGACAUGUCCCAGAACCGGGCCCAGCACUGCAUGGAAACCUUUCAGGACUGCUUAUACGUAGCCGGAGGAGUCUCUGACGCUGGUGGACAGGUGGUUGACCAGCUGGCCUGUGAGUUCUACGACCCGGUUAGUGACUUCUGGGCUGCCAUUAUGCCCAUGUCCGUCCCCCAUGUCAGUGCAGCAUCUGCAGUGUUGGAGGGAAAGAUCUAUAUCAUCGGAGGCUACUGCCAAGAAGACUACAGCGACAUGAAGCGUGUGCACAGAUACGACCCUGCGACGCAGUGCUGGGAAAACAUGUGUGGAACGCCAGGCCCAACCACUUACAUCGCGGCUUGUGUCUUGCCCAUACCUCCUCAUCUUCGGCAGUUAUAGAGAAACUGACUGGCUGACUAAUGUGGCCGUGUGCAGUUUUGGCACCCCGGUAAAGUUCCACAUUUGCAAAUUUUAAUGCACAGUUAUGGCUUAUUUGCUGACUUUAACAUAUUUUGGGAAAACAAACAUAAAAUGAGGCCUGUGUGAAAGUGAGAUGUUUUAUUUGUAAGCCAUUAUGUGAAACUCAGCAAACAUGCAAACAUGUUUCAACGCUCAAAUGACAUGCUUGUUUGAUUUUGUAAGUGAAAAUACACCAAUUUUAGUGCACAGUUAAUUAAAAUGAAAUAUUCAGAUAAAACACGAUUGCCCUCUUGACCAGACAGUACAAACACUAUUUGGUUGCCAUUGAUUGUUUAUAUUUGUGGUUUAUUCUUUGUACCUGUGAACAUUUGAAUUUGCACAUGAAUUUGCACAUGAAUUUGCAGCAACUAAUCCCAUGUUAGGGCAGAUUGGCACACAUGCACAACAUGAAAUGUGUCCUGAAUGCAUUGAUUCCAGUAGAUAUUUUAUGACUGUCUGAUUUAUUUUUUACUAAAAUGUUCAGCUUUUAAUUAAUAGGUUAUGCUAAUUUAUGAUAUGUCUGAGAUAUGAAGCAGACAACUUUGUGAAAACUGUGUUAACCAACCCCGCUCCCCCAAAUACAUGUGUUUUAUCUGAAACCAAGCUAUGUUUAAGCUUUCAAUCAGAAUUAAAUUUGAAUUCCAUCUGCAAGAAAAGGCCUUGAAAGUUUUGUUCUUGGAGCUGUUUUCUUGUUAGCAUCUAUGUAAUAAUCUUACUGUAUGUUUUCAUUGGCAGAAUGUUUUUAUGUUAGAUGUGAUGAUAUUAGGUAACCUUUAAACUAAGCUAAAGAGUCUACCAAGCUUGGUUGGCGACACUUUAUUAUAUUGAAGGUUUAUAAGGCAUCUAUUAUUUGUUACUUCAUAAGUAACUAAUCAUGAACAAGUCAGGUAUUUAGAGUCAUUUAUUACUACUUAACGUAUUCACAUAAGUUUAUAAAAGAAGUGUAAGCUGUAACUUCACAAUAAAGAAAUGAGACGCUCUCUCAUAUUUAACAAAUCAUGGCCUUACCUGUAGUUUAAUUUUUAUUAGUUUAUAUAGUUUGCCUGCAUAAUGCUAAUUUAUGACUAUUUUAUUACUUUAUAAGUAAUUAAGGAUAAAUAAAUUAUCAGUUUGGUUAUUAUUUAAUAUUACUGGAUAUUUUAUGUGAGUGGUUACAAGCAAAUACUACUACUACUACUGUACUAUUACUACUACUACUACUACUACUACUACUAAUAAUAAUAAUAAUAAUAAUAAUAACAAGCAGUGUUUUUUAAACUUCAAUAAAAAUGAUGCUAAAAAAAUGUAAGACUCCAAAUGAUUUGGUGAAAAUUGACCAAAAGCAGUGAUUUUUUUUGGUUAUGUUGUAUGAAUGAUGUAUAAAUGAUACAGUAUCUAUCUGCAGCAUUUAGCAAGCUGCAAAAAGUGAAAAGUAAAAGCCUUCAGUUUCUGUAUCUAUAAAUGCCCAUAAGUCAUUUUACAAAACUUUACUUUAUGCUAGUUAAGGAUGUCGGAGUGAUAUCAUCAGUUUUACUGAGCUUAAAGCGAAAACAAACACUACAAACAAAACAUGAAAUUGAUGACAGACAAAAUCCAACAGCAAGUUUAAAUAAAAUCCAUAAGAAAAAUACUGAAUAUCAAAAUGUCCAAAAUAUGCUGCAAAUGGAAAUAAUGAGAGUUAAAUCUAAUGAAUUAUUCAAAAAGAUCACUAAUCAUUUUCUGGUAUAAAUUUAGUAGUAAUUUCACCAUUUUUUGCUUGUUUUUUUUUUCCUAUUUGCUGAUUUUGCUGGUAUAUUUUUUUAACUCCUGACUUUGGGCUCUUGUUGUCAUAUUUAUACCCUGUUAAUAUUCUAGCUCAGCUCCAUAAUUCUUAAAGACGAUGACCUGGAUUUUUCCACCUGGGGGGCAAACUUUAGAAAUCCACAACUGAAAAACCAGCAAUGAAAUUUUGCAUUGAUGUCUAAAUUGUAGUUUUUGCUUGAAUUUUGUUCAUGGAAAACUAUGAAGGGACCUGCUAAGCCCUGUAAGUUGUCAUUGACUGAGCAAGAAAUUAUAGAAUUACAUAGACUUAUACAUGCAAUGAAGUUCACACCUUAGGGCCCCACUUUAUACUGAGAGUCUCUAAUAACUGUGUCAUUACACAUUAAUUAAUACAUUCAACAACAUAGGAACUGCUGGUGAUGUGUUCACUGUUACAGAUGGAUUACAAUAUAUAAAAACAUAACUUCAGUUUUCACUCAUGUAAUCUUAAUAGCAGCGACUGCAUAUUUUCUCUUAUACUUGUAAUUUUGAGUGAGUGAACUGCUUUCUUCCUGAAUUUUAUGAAUAUUCUCACAGUUACUAAGUAUAAACAAAUACAAGGGGUUUAUUAACAGAAAACAAGCUAUUUGCUAAUACUUUGGGUGUAUUUGGUAAUAAUCAUGUUCAUUGAAGUAUAAUGAUGCUGUAAAGAGGAUUGGCUCUAAAUAGCAGCCUACUAUUAAAAGCAUAGUGAGCAAAACAUUUGAAAAUUUUGAACUCUUAAGCUCUGCUUAAAUUAAGACCUUACACAGAUUACAGUCUAUGGGGAAACAAUGAAAGGACAUUUCAGCUACACUUUCUAUGAAUGUCACCUUUGUAAGCGUCUACAAACACAUUCAUAACAUGUUAUAAUGCAUUCAUAAGCCAUUAUAAACUUGGCUAUAAAUAUUUCUAAAUAUGCACUACACGUUAUAGCCACGCUUAUUAUGCAUUAUUAAUUGUUCACAUAAUGCAAUAUAAAUCCUGUUCAUAAUAAAUUAAUAAGAGCUUAUAAGCUGUAUUAGUCCACUCUAAGUAAAGUGAGGCGUACUGGACUAAAGC